AUCCCUUAUCUUAAGACGCAUGGAAAAUGGCGGGAGUAACGGCAAGAAAGUUAACGAAUUUUUGAAAAAGAAAACAUAACCAAACAGACUGUCAUGAACCAAAUAUAGAAAGAAGUCUCCAUCCAUCCAAUCUUUUAGGACUUUCCUCUUUCUUUCAAACAAGUAACAAAUAAACAUAGAAAACACGAAACACACAAGAAUAUCACAAGAAUAAGACAGAAGCCCCUAAGAAAAAGAUUUAGAUAAACAAAAAAAGUAAAAAAUAACAAAAGAAACUUGAGCACAAAAGCUUCUCUCUUCCUUCCCAUGGGGUGCAUUUGAAUAAAUCUCCUCCUUGAAAAAAUCGCUUGAUCGAUUGUACAUUCAUCGAUCAUUCGUGGUUUUUUGGAUAUUAGUUCCAAACAAAACCCAAGAAACAAAAAUCCCAUGGGAAGCUGUGUUUCGUCGCCAUUGAAAGGUUCUCCCUUUGGGAAGAGACCUGCAAGAAGGCGAAACAACAGUAGUAGCACCAAAACAUCCUCUAACCCUAAAACCGAUACUUCUUCGACAAGUACUCUUUCCCGGAGAUUGAUUUUCCAGCCACCGAGCCGUGUUCUCCCCGAGCCCAUUGGUGAUGGAAUCUUCCUCAAGUAUGAGCUCGGGAAAGAACUAGGCCGUGGUGAGUUUGGUGUCACUCAUGAAUGUAUUGAGAUCAGUACUCGAGAAAGGUUUGCGUGUAAGAGGAUAUCAAAGGAGAAGCUAAGGACGGAGAUAGACGUUGAGGAUGUGAGAAGAGAGGUUGAGAUCAUGAGAUCUUUACCAAAACAUGCAAACAUUGUUAGCUUUAAGGAAGCUUUUGAGGACAAAGACGCGGUUUAUCUUGUCAUGGAGAUUUGUGAAGGAGGUGAGCUUUUUGACCGUAUUGUCUCUCGAGGUCAUUACACUGAACGCGCCGCUGCAUCCGUCGCUAAAACCAUUCUUGAAGUUGUCAAGGUGUGUGAAAAAAAUUCAAAUCUCCUUUGUAUCUUUUGUUUUUUUCCCGCCUUUAUUGUUGUUUUCUUGUGUCUCAAGGUAUGUCAUGAACAUGGAGUGAUCCAUAGAGAUCUUAAGCCUGAGAACUUCCUCUUUUCUAACGAAACCGAGACUGCACAACUCAAAGCUAUUGACUUUGGUCUCUCCAUUUUCUUCAAACCAGCCCAGCGGUUCAAUGAGAUUGUGGGGAGUCCUUAUUACAUGGCACCAGAGGUUUUGAGAAGAAACUACGGUCCGGAGAUCGAUGUUUGGAGCGCUGGUGUUAUACUCUACAUCUUGCUUUGUGGUGUGCCUCCCUUUUGGGCAGAGACUGAGGAAGGAAUAGCUCAUGCAAUUGUGAGAGGGAACAUCGAUUUUGAGAGAGAUCCGUGGCCAAAAGUCUCACGUGAAGCCAAAGAACUCGUUAAGAACAUGCUUGAUGCUAAUCCUUAUAGCAGACUCACGGUUCAAGAAGUCCUUGAACAUCCAUGGAUCCAGAACGCAGAGAGAGCACCAAAUGUGAAUCUUGGAGAUGGCGUGAGGACCAAGAUUCAACAGUUCUUGUUGAUGAACAGGUUCAAGAAGAAAGUCCUCAGGGUCGUAGCUGACAAUCUACCAAACGAGGAGAUAGAAUCGAUAAUACAAAUGUUUCAGACAAUGGACACUGAUAAGAACGGACACUUGACAUUUGAGGAGCUAAGAGAUGGUCUGAAGAAGAUUGGACAAGUUUGUCCCGAUGGCGACGUGAAGAUGCUUAUGGAUGCAGCUGAUACAGAUGGAAACGGGACGUUGAGCUGUGAAGAGUUUGUGACACUAGCCAUACACUUGAAGAGAAUGGGUUGUGAUGAGCAUUUGCAGCAAGCAUUCAAGUAUUUUGACAAGAACGGUAACGGGUCUAUUGAGCUAGAUGAGCUCAAAGAAGCUCUAUUCGAUGAUGAUAAGCUAGGCCAUGGUGGUGACCAGUGGAUCAAAGAUAUCUUCUUUGACGUUGACCUCAACAAGGAUGGGAGGAUAAGCUUUGAUGAGUUUAGGGCCAUGAUGAAAUCAGGAACAGACUGGAAGAUGGCGUCUAGGCAGUACUCAAGGGCGUUGUUAAAUGCUUUGAGCAUAAAGAUGUUCAAAGAAGAUGUUGGGGACAAUGGUCCCAAGUCUUAUUCCAUGGAGUUCCCUUUAGCAAGGAAGAAAGCUAAGCUACUUGAUGCUCCCAAGAACAAAUCAAUGGAGCUUGUUCAUUCCAAAACCUAUAGACCAUCAGGUCUAAGAAACUAAAGAAGAAAGAAUGAUCUUUCGAUUUUCUUUUUAUUGUGUUUGUUUUUGGUGCUACAAGUCACAAAGAAAAUGUGCUUAAAUUUGAGAACAAUGGAGAAUAAAAAAAAUCAAAAGAGAGAAUAGAAAAAAAUCAUUCAAUUUAUUAAGUUUUAGUAGCAUCAAUAAUGGUGUCAUUUGUAAACUUUUUUGAGCUGCAACAAGUAGAAAACUCUUGUAUCAAAU